CCCCUGUCCCCACCUGUCCGUCUGUCUGUCCGUCUCUCUCUCUCUGCCCCGGUCUCUCUUUCACCCCCAGAUUUUACCGCUGUGGUUCCAGAGACGCCUCGUUUGGACAGCAGCUUGCAGAAGGCUCGAGCUCGGCUGUUAGCCAAGAGCCGGCGGCACCGGCCCUCGCGCUCCCGCCUGCGAGACAGCGCCAGCUCCACCGAAGGCGAGGAGGGGCUGGAGGCGGCGGUGAGAGCCGGGGGGCACCGCGCCCCAGGGAGGAUCUGGGGAAGGGGACGGUGGGAGGAAGGAGACACCUCCGGGAGGGGGGACAGCCAGGGGUUGGAAGCCCCAGGGAGGGGGGCGGGGACCGAUGGGGGGAUUGACCCCUCCACCCUGCCCUGUGCCCCCACCCAGGGAGCCGAGGGCAGCCCCGCAGCCCCCGGCCGUUCGCCCCCCGCCGCUCCGCUGCUCCUGGCCCCCUCGCCCUCCUCCCGCUCGGAGUUCUCCUUCGAGGCGGGGGCGGUGUGCAGGGUGUUGGGGGAUCCCCCCCCGGCCCCCUCGCCGCCCCUCGGCCGCUACCGACCCCUCACCAACGCCUCGUCCCAGGAGGGGCUGGCGGGCACGCCCUCGCCCAAGUCCUGCCCCAGCUCCGACAGCUCGCCCGGCUUCGCCCGCCGCGAUGCGUGGCUCCAGCGGCACAGCGAAGAUGAUAGCAGGGAUAUGAGCCCCCCCGAGCCGGCCAGCCCCACCGUGGGGCUGGAUAAGAAGACGAGGAGAAAGUUCCUGGAUUUGGGGGUCACCCUUCGCCGGGCAUCCUCCAGCAAGAGCCGCAAGGAGAAGGGCAGCAAUCGCCUGUCCAUGGGCAGCAGGGAGGUGUCAGAAGGUCCCGGCCGCCCCUCGGGGUCACCCUUCCUGCCCUUCUCCUGGUUCUCAGAUGGUGCCCGGGGCUCAGCCUCACCUGGCUCUGCAUCACCCACCGGUUCCCCCCGGCACGAUGGGCUCAGCCCUGCCAAAUCUGCCUCCCAGGACUCAACGCUGAGUGAGGACUCCCCACCGCCCAGCUCCAGCCCACGCCUGCCCGGCCCCGCUGCCACCAAGUGCUCCUACCCCUAUCACACACUGUCACAGUCCUCGGAUGAGUUCCUGGAUGAGCCCCCCGGUGCGGCCAUGGGCUGGACGUGCCACCAGGUUGGGCAGUGGCUGGAGAGCCUCAGCCUGGAGCAGUACGUGGAAGAGUUCUCAGCUCAUGGCAUCGAUGGCCCCCGGCUCCUGCAUCUCGAUGGGGCCAAGCUCAAGGCUCUGGGCGUGGGCAGCUCUCAGGAUCGCGCCGUGCUCAAGCGCAAGCUGAAGGAGCUGAGCCUGGCAGUGGAGAAGGAGCGCAAAGCCCAGGAGAAGGCAGAAAAGCAGCGGGAGAAGCAGAAGAAAAGGGACCAGGAGGCUUCCCCCUCCCUCCCGUAA